AGCACAGCCAUCCACCAUUGCCGCCAUGUCUCUGAUCAAGAGUGAGAGGGCCAUUAUCACGUCCAUUUGGGACAAGAUCUCCUUGCAGGUUGAUGCCAUUGGCACUGAGACUCUGGAGAGGCUCUUCUACAGCUAUCCACAAACGAAGACCUACUUCCCCCACUUCGACCUGCACCAGGGGUCGCAGCAGCUGCGCGCACACGGCGCCAAGGUGUUGUCCGCCGUGGGCGAAGCGGUCAAGAACAUCGACAACAUCCCCAGCGCCCUGACCAAGCUGAGCGAGCUGCACGCCUACAUCCUGCGCGUGGAUCCGGUCAACUUCAAGCUCCUGUCCCACUGUCUGCUGGUCACCCUGGCCGCGCGCUUCCCCGCCGACUUCACGGCUGAGGUCCACGCCGCCUGGGACAAGUUCAUGUCGAUCUUGUCCUCCAUCUUGACUGAGAAGUACCGCUAAGCGCCGCCGCCGCGACCCUCACGACGGGCUGCGGCCCAUGCCCUCCCCGAACCCUCCGCAGAUCCUUCCCCGAAUCCCCAAUAAAUGGUUGAG